AACCAUGUGCUAUUCCUGCCACUGCGUGACGGAUGAGAAUCCUUGCGAGCCAUGCAAGACGACAGCCAAAGACAAGGAGGAGACCCACGGGCCCAACAACAUGAACGCAGCGGGGCAAGCCGGGAGGCAACCGGAGCCUCACCUGAACAUCACCUCCAACGUGGUGAGGGAUCACGGCAGGAGCUGGGGGUGGAUGGUGUCCGGGAUCAUUUGUGUGAACAUCCUGAUCCUGGGGAGCGCUCUGGUCAGCGGCAGCGCCUACAGCAAAGUCAACAUCAGCACUGUAGACCAUCAGAUUUUCCUCAUCAUCCUCCUGCUCCUCACCAUCAUCUGGAUGGUCAGCUAUGUUGUCUUCACGGCCAGGAAGGAGAACGCGAUCGACUACAAAGACGCUCAUGCUGGACCCGUGUGGCUAAGAGGUGGGCUUGUGCUCUUCGGAAUCCUCAGUAUCAUCAUGGAUAUUUUUAAAAUCGCCAGCUAUGUCGGUUACCUCCAUUGUGAUUCGGCCGUGAAAGUGGCUUUUCCAGUCGUGCAGCUGGUUUUUAUCAUCGUGCAGACGUACUACUUGUGGGUCCACUCCAAAGAUUGUGUACAAGUACAGAAAAACAUAACAAGAUGUGGCCUGAUGCUCACCCUCUCCACCAAUCUGGUGUUGUGGAUGACCGCCGUGACUGAUGAAUCUCUUCAUCAAACCAUGGUCCCCGACAUCGAUACUUCGGAAAACUCCUCCAAAAUCCAAGGACGAAGUUUUUACAUCGAAAAAGCUGGUUAUGGGGACGACAAGUGCAAGUGCAGCCACUCGUCUUGCAGCGUCUUCAAAGAGGCCUACUACUACCUGUACCCCUUCAACAUCGAGUACAGCCUCUUCGCCUCGGCCAUGGCCUACGUCAUGUGGAAAAACGUGGGCCGGGUGGCGGACGAGCACGGCCACCACGGCUCCAAGUUCCGCUUCAAGGACGCGCUGAUCGGCCCGCUUUUGGGCGUCCUGCUGGUCAUCGCUGGCCUGACAACCUUCAUCGUGUAUGAGAUGGAAAUGAGGAAGAAGGACAUUGAUGAGGAGCACAAAGACAAAAUUGUGAUGAUGCACUUCGUGGUGAACAUCGUCAUCAUCACGCUCAUGUCUGUGGUUACGGUGGUGGGCAGCGUCGUGUACCGGCUGGACCACAGGGAGCACAUGUCGGAGAAGAACCCCACACGCAGCUUGGAUGUGGGGCUGCUGGUGGGAGCCUCCAUGGGCCAGAUCGUCAUCAGCUACUUCACCAUCGUGGCCAUGGUGGGCACCGGCGCCAAAGGUCAUCUGAACGGGCUCAACCUAGCGUGGGGCAUCUUGAUGGUCAUCCAGCUCGGCCUGCAGAACUUCUUCAUCAUCGAGGGCCUUCAUCGGGAGCCUUUCCAUGAGGUGCACCCCAUCACUGUGAUGGCCAAUCCCUACACCAGCAAAGAGGGAUCGGACUUCGACAUCAAACCCAUCCCGGUGCACCAGCAUGUGGAGCGACCGAACAGACUGUCGUGGAAGAGGAGGGUGCUGAAGGAAGUCUGUGCCUUCUUGCUGCUGGGAAAUGUCAUUUUAUGGAUCAUGCCUGCGUUCGGCGCUCGACCCCAGUUCGACCACUCCACCGAGUCCGAUUUUUAUCAGUUCCACAUGUGGGCCGCCGUGGUCAACAUCGGACUUCCCUUCGGCAUCUUCUACCGGAUGCACUCAGUGGCCGGCCUCUUCGAAGUCUUCCUCAACUCGUAGUGGAGCGGCUCCGAUUGACUCUCACUGACUGAUUUCAAACUUCCUGACGGACUGACCCACGAAUCAAAUGUCACUGUGAAGUUACCAACCACCACAGGUGUUUUCCCUCCACAUAAAGAUGACUGCCGUUGAGGAGAACAUCAAAGUAAUUCAAGUUCUGGAUUUUAUACUUUUGAGUCAAGGACAAUAUCGUGCUGUUUAUUGCGCUCACUAACUCACUGAUAAUCGUAGCUAUUCGCCAUACAGUGUUCGUCGGUGGAUGCUGACACUCGCUCAGAUAAAUCAGUUGUGAAAUAUGAAACAUGUUUUUAUUUAAAUAAAUGUGUAUAUCUGUCAACACUGUGCCCAGCGCUAUCUUUAUAUGAUUUAACACUUUUUACCCAAUAUUAUUGUCCUAUAUUUAUUUCAUUUGGACUGUUUGUUGUAGGUAUGAGCUCAAUCGGACAGCAAGUGGCAGUAGAGUGGGUCUCUUGGUAGAAAGCCCGCACCCAGACCCAUAAUGCUCUGCAACAGUUA